UAGAUCAGUGAUUUGGUCAAGAAUGGCGUAAACGAAAACAUCGGAUGCCGAAAGAAGCAUUGAUUGGAUGUUAUCGUCAUUUGUGUUUUGUAAUAAUGGAACUGGUGUCGACAUUACGGUAAAGCAUUGUCAAAUUAUUUUUUAGAGAACAAGUCUGGUUAUUAUCUUAUCAGUACUGAUAUUCUUAACUCCUAUAUAAAUCCGAUUUAUCAAAGAAAAUGGCGGCUGCGGGUAUCCAAAGUAUGGUGGAAACACUUCCAGUGGAGCCAACUAUCCAAAUAAAAUUGCAGAUGCCACACCCACCAAAGGGAGUCCCUGGAGCAGGAGGUCCCAGCAAAAUGAGGAAUAGACUUAGACUAGAUCCAUCAAGGGCUUUAGAACCGGCCAGGAAAAAGAUUGCCACCAUAGAAGCACAGAGAGUAAUGUCAGUAUUUGAGGACACCAUCCGCAGGAUUGAAAUGGUCAGUAUCCUACCAUAUCUGUUGAUUAACAUCGACAGAUUUCGUAUUAGUUUGGGCUCCGAACUAGCAGGUCAUCUGGAAAAUCACCAAGUAAUCCAGGAAAGUUACCAAGAAAUUAAACAGCAGCUUGAUAUACAAAUAAGACGGAACCGCAAACAGCGCCAGAAAGCUAUCUCACGUCCCAGUACAGGGGGUUCUUUUGCUAGUGAAGGAAGGGCUGAAAGUCAAUAUAGUGGUGGGGAUGAUACUACAGCUCCGACGAUGCCAACAGAGGAGAGCGAGAUGCAAGGCGACAAGGGCAUGGAUGUGUUUGACGAAGAUGACGCACAAAGUGAUCGUCAGUCCAUCUCUCGACAAAGCGAUGUAUCAAAUAUUAGUGCAGCCAGCUUUAACAGCACAAUCGACCGAACCAUGAGGAAUUUGAAUUUGGUUGCUCAACAACUGAGUACCUCAUGCAAAAAUAUCAUACGAUGUUUUCAACUCAAUACUGCAGCGAUGAAGACCAUUAUGAACCAGGCACACUCUCAGAUUCCUACCAGCAAUCAGAUGCUGAUUCAGUACUUAAAUGAACUUAGGGAGAUACUUCUGAACAAAUUACUUACAACUCCAGAAGAAGAGAGCGAACGAAUGGAUUACAUCCAAGAAAUUUCCUUGAGGGAGAGGAAUAAUGCUGCUAUCAUUGAAAAACUUGAAGAGGAAUUGAGAGCAGCUAUGGCAGAUAAAGACGAAGAGAUUAAAAAGAAAAACGACGUCAUUAGAAGAAUCCAGGCCGAUCUCCGCCAAAUUGAGAAAUUUUCUGAAGAAAACAUGAAGCGAGUCCAAACUGAAGCCGAGAAACAGGAAGCUGCUGACAUCAAGACAAGUGAUGGAAAGAAACAGCGGUUACUUCAGGAGCUGCAGCAACUGAAGACCCAGAAUCAGAAUUUGAUAACAGAGCACAGAGAAAGCGAACAGGAUUUGAGAAGAAAAAAGUUCAGGGUGGAGUCCCAGGUGGAGAACUUGAUACAAAAGUUUGAUGCUGAUAUGACCGAGAGACAGGAUGAGUAUGAAGAGAUCGAUGCUGAGUACACCAAGGAAAAGAAACAACUACAUGAACUGGAAGAGCGCUUCAAGACUCUGGAGGAUGAAUAUCAACAGAUCAUGGAGGAGCGACGCGUUGCCCGAGAGAAACGCGAGGCUGCUGAGCGUGACAUGGCCAAUAUGGUGAAGUCUGCAACCACCAUUCAAGCCUUCUGGAGGUCGUUCAAGGUCAGGAAGGCACUCAAAGGUCGCAAGAAGAAGGGUGGUGGUGGAAAGAAGAAGAAAUAGGCACAUUGUGAUAAAAUCAGAUUUGAUGAUUUAAUUUAAUGAUAAAAGUGAAAUUUAAAAAGCUGAAAUGUAUAUUACAACUAGCUGAUUUUGAUUUUUUGAUAGUAUAACAAUUAAAACACUUUUGUCUCUCAAGCUUAAAGUUUCAUAAAUUGAAAAAAUGUUCACUUGGUUAAUAUUCAUAAAACAGUCACUUUCAAAUAAUACAUCAAAUGCAUGUCCCAAAGGUAGAGUACUGAUAACUAGCUACAUGGUAAACAGUGUUUAUUUCUGUCACCAUAUUCAAGUGUAUCCAGUGACUCUUUUGUUAUGCAGGUUGUUCUUAAUGUUCUGCCAAAUUUUCAGAGGUGUGCAGUUUCAAAUUUCAAGUAGAAGCCUGCAGACAAGUUUUUAAAUUUCAAGUAUUCCAAUAUAUUUUAAGAGAGAACAUUUGAAAGUCACUGGUUCCGACAUAAAAUCAACUACGUGGUAGACAAGUGUCUUAAAUUGCACACCUCUGAAUUUUUUAUUGUAUUGUCAACAAUUCCAUACAAAUUUGCACUAGAACUGAAGUUUUUAUACAUUUGGAAACUUGAAUGCUUGUAUUUUUUGUUAAGUAAGCUAAGGAAUACUAUUUCUUGAAUUUUGUGCUCUUCCUUUAUAAGAUGUGUUUGUAUUAUAAACCGACAUGAUUUCCAAAACCAAGGAUCAUGAGAUCGUUCUGUUUAUAUACAUGUCAGACUUUACUGGUAGUGUAUUAAAACAAGAUCCAUGUACGGUAGAACAGUGUCGCGUCUUAUUAAGUAGGAAAAUAAUUGAAUAGUAAGUAAAACCUGUUACGGUUGUCCUUGUUAAUAUUACUGACUGUGAUAAUUUUAUUUGUUAAUUUUCUUGUAAAUAUUUACUAGAGAUAUAUAUGUAUAUAUAUGUGUGUAGACUUAGGUUAUAUUAUGUCUUGAAAGCAUAAAUGUGAUCAUGAAAUGUCUUUAUUAUUGUAUGAUAAUACAUGUAUGUGUCAGAUAAUUAUCAUCUUCUGUUGCCUUGAAAUAUACGAUGAAUUUCCGCAAUUGUUUUGUUCACAUACUAUUUCUGCUAUGUUAAACUAAAUACAGUAAGAUUUAGAUUCAACUAGAGUACCAAGAAUUAUGAAGUUAUCCUUCAAACGUAUUUUAUGUCAAUCCGUCCAAAAUGAGUGCUCUCAAUAAACUUGACAUUUUG